AUGGAGGGGAAGAAAGAAAAUGUGAACACAGCUUUGUUUACAGCAGGCAUAGCUGUUUUAGUGGUAUGUUUGAAACGUCCUUUACUGUUGUUUCUCGUUCAACAAUGGCGGGCUUGGGUGUUUCUAGUGUUAAACCUGGUGCUUUUGGCUAUCUUUUUCACUUCCAUGAACCCAAACUCAAGUCGUCAGCAAGAAAUCAACAAAAAAGAUGAAGAAACGAAGAAGACAAGUGGGGGUUUGAAUGAAGAUGAAGUAUGUAAAGAGGAAGAUCAUCUCCAUCAAGAUGAGGUCACCAAUUCAAAGAAAAGAAGCAAAAGUGAGGAAAUAGUAGAGAAACAGUUGGUGGUUGAAAAAGAAGAGGAGAAUAUUGAGGCUCUAAAGCUGUCAAAGGAGGAAUUGAAUGAGAGAGUGGAUGCUUUCAUUGCCAUGUUUAGGCAGCAUUUGGCUUCGGAUGCAAGAAAUGGAAGAAAACAAAGUGAUUUGAACAAGAAACACAUCAACCCAGUAAAUAGUUUUGUUUUCAAAGUCCGGUGA